CCUAAAACCCGGCUUCACAGAGUGAUUUUUUUUCAGUGUAAGGUCUAGCUAGAGCUUCAAAAUGGGUGGUACAGUUUCAAGGAAUAGUUUUGACUGGUCCUACACAGAAGAACCACACGCAUCAAGAAGGGCGGAAAUGUUGAAAAAAUACCCGGAAAUAAAGAGUCUUAUGGUAACUGAUCACAUUUUCAAGUACAAGGUAAUUGCACUAGUGUUGUUUCAGUUUGUUGUUAUGUUUAUGACCAAGGACUUGCCAUGGAGCAUCACUCUUCUGCUGGCCUACACAAUUUCUGGCGUUUUCAAUCAUGCUCUCUUACUUGCCAUCCAUGAAACCGCCCACAGCGCUGCCUUUGGUCACACGAAGCCUUCCCAAAACAAACUCUUUAGUAUUUUCGCCAACUUGCCAAUUGGAGUACCGUGUGCAAUAGCUUUUAAGAAGUAUCACCUCGAUCAUCACAAGUACAUGGGCAACGAAGAUAUUGACGUAGAUCUUCCAACAGAGUUUGAAGCACGUCUUUUCACGAAUAAAUUUUCCAAAUUCAUCUGGGUUGUCUUCCAAGGCUUUUUCUACAGCCUUCGCCCCCUGUUCGUCCGUCCUUUACCAAUGCAACCCAUGGAAGCUCUAAACUUCGCCGUUCAAUUUACCUUCGAUGCACUUGUUUACAUAUAUCUAGGGCCAAAGGCUUUGGCUUAUAUGAUAGCCGGUUCGUUCAUGGGCAUGGGUUUACAUCCGGUGGCUGGGCAUUUCAUCUCAGAACAUUACAUGUUCAAGAGCGGCUUUGAAACAUAUUCCUACUACGGUCCUUUGAACAUGCUCACCUUCAAUGUCGGUUACCAUAAUGAGCACCACGACUUCCCGAAUGUUCCCGGCUCACUUCUGCCCAAGGUCCGCGAAAUUGCACCCGAAUACUACAAAGAUUUGCCCUCACACAAUUCCUGGACUAGGGUGCUGUUCGAUUUCAUCAUGGAUCCAGCAAUUGGACCGUACGCAAGAAUCAAACGUAAGAACAAUCUUGGUAAAGAUUUCAACAGAGACAACUUCAAGUCCUCUAAUGGCAAGGCAACUACCGCCAGUAAUGCUAACGGAAACUUCGCAAAUGGUCACACAGUUGUUGCAAACGGAGACUCAAAAAGUGAUUAAAACUCUCUUAGCUCAGCUUUGCCCCUUUCUUUCGUUUUAAUCACUCUAGCACUGCAAUUCGAAACAGGCUUUGACGGUAAACAGUACACAGAGAAGUGUUCUGUGUUGAAUGCUAAUUUAGACCUCAAACCAACCCUUUCGAAAUUAAUCUUGUCCGCAUCUGCUAGUUUCAUUGACAUUAGUAUGACAUAUUUUGCGCAUAGAUACUUUCGUUUUGGUGAUUCGCUGCUUUAUAUAAAGCUCGAAGAUUCAUUAUUUGAUUGGCCAUUGACUCAAUUUGACUUGGUUAUUUAGCUGAGUGGUGUGACUGAUAUUAUUAAUUGAAUACUCAUAAGCAUAUCCCUUUCUUCAGUCGCCAAUCGCUAGACUAGGACCCUUGGUGUCUCUGAGCUUGUACGAUUAUCAUUGAGAAAAACCUCUGAAAAUAUCUUCUUAAUCAACUAGCUCGCUGGCUUUAGUUUUAUCACAAUGCAAGAACAACUUCUCGAUACCUAAAGUUUCCAUCUGCUCAGAAUGUUUUGGUGUUAAAGAAGUCGUGCCAGACGCGCAUCUUUUCAGGAAGCUUGCCGUUUGAUAACCAGUCCUUUGUAACUUUUGAAAUUUGGUUUUGGCAACUAAAGAUUAGAAGCUUAAUGCAGAGGGAGUUGAUGCUAACCAAGAAGUUUAUUUUUCGAAAAACUUGUGUAACUUAGCUCAUUUGCAUAACUAGUAGCUAUUGUUGGAAGAUUGUUUCAAUUAUUAGAGAUAUAUUUAGCAUUAUCUUUUGAAUAUGGGUAGAAUUAUUCAAAUGUUUAGUGAGAUUUUUAAUCAGAAUAGUUGAAUAGAAUAUACGAGAUAUUUACAUUUAAGUAAAUAGUCAAAUACUAUAGGAUCGUUCUAACAGAAAUUGGACCGUAAACUGUGAGUUUCAACCUAGACAAGCAAAAGUUUUCGUUUAUAGACUUAAGCAAUAUUUUGGAUUAUGACCCUUGCUUGUUCCUUUGGCCAAUGUUUUACACAAACGUAUUUUCCUUGCCACGGUAAGAACGAACCCCAGCCCAACAGCUUCAGUUGUUAAUGUUAUCAUCAAACAAUUGUUCAGUGCUCAUACUUUGUAUGUAGUGGUAGACUGAACAUUUCAUUUACAGCAAGAACAAGGCCCAUUUUUAUGACAUCCCAUAAGUUUUUUUUACACUUUAUUUCACGAUUCAAGCCCAUAGAAAUGAUGUUAUUCUAGAUAGAAAAUGUUUUUGAUCAAAAUCUCAGAUUGUCGUGUUGUCCUUAGAGGAUGUUAAUUCUCUGUUCGUUGAUCUGGAUGUUGCUAAAAUAUUUGUAGUUUUUUUCGCCUUAGAAUAUUUAAUGACAUUACCAAGUUUAACGCAGCAUUGUUCCCAUAUUUUCCUUUUUCUCGGAAAAUAAUUCAGCUUGUUAGUGGCAUUAGGCAAUCGACAGAAGCAAAAAGGGCCUAAGCCAUUUUUCAUUCAAAUAUUGACCAAUCAGUAAUUGUGAUUUCUUUCACGCGCUCAUUGAUUGGCCAAUAUCUGUUGAUUGCCUUCACGGGCAGUGUAUCAAGGACAAAUAUUAUGCUAAUUCAAUAUUUCUUUUUCUUUUAAUACCAUAGUAUUAUUUCUUCAGCUUUAAGAUGGCGGAUUACAUAAUGCCAGAUUUUUUUUGCAAAUGAAAAUAAAAAUUCAUUUUGCGUUUUGGUUGACAUGGAAACAGACUUCGUUAGCAGAUUAUCAAUUUACAAUUUCAACUUCAAUAGUUUAGUAAAAUAUGUUAUCGGUGAUUAUUUAAGUAGAAUGUUAUGCCUAUAAGGCUAUGCAGACGCAGUUUGUUGUUCGUCUUUGUUGCUCUUCAUUGAUCCGAAAUUGAGAUAGCAAACCUUUUUCUUCUU